GACCAUGGGGGCGAAAGAGUAGCAUCUUCGGUGUACACGUGACACGUGGCCAUGUUUUGACAAUUCACUUUUAAUUGUUGCAUCUGGCAUCUGGUAUGGCAUCUUACAUGUCACCAGUGCAGGUGGUGGUCCUGCAGGGUGUGCAUUUUGUGGUCUUGAACCUGACAGCUCUACACAUUCAUAAUGUCAUUCCUUGAUGUCAAGGCCACUCAAAAGGGUAUCUUUUGCGGUUUGAUUCCCAAACGAGAUUUGCCAAACGCCAUGGCGGGAGAGUCUGAGUCACGCUUUUGAUGUUUUCUUCCUCUACUACAGUCUGGAGUGUCAUUAUCACGUCAAGAGUUGAGAUAUCCUCCUCAGUUUGCAGAGGGACCGUUAGUGGUUGUGCUAGAUACCCUUCCAUCUUGAGAAAACAAACUCGAAACACCAGAUUAGUCCAAGUUGUAUUCAAGACGUCCAAGUAUCAAAGUUUGGCAUCUAAAUACGUUGUGAAAGUGUGGUAGUCUUUGUAGCAAACCCAGAGAGCGAAAGGAAAGAGAAAAAUUGCGAAGCAUUACCACAACAUGGUAAAUGCGCGGCCUCGCAAUACAUACAUACAUUUUUUUGUUACAAGGACCCUUAAAGCCCAGGUUACUGCAGACACUACUAAGUACUUGCUAUGAUGUCACUUCUUCUUUGCUUCUUGGACAGAACCUGACACUCUUGAGAGAGAGAGAGAGAGAGAGAGAGAGAGAGAGAGAGAGAGAGAGAGAGAGAGAGACAGACAGACAGAGAGAGAGAGAGAGACAGAGAGAGAGAGAGAGACAGAGACAGAGAGACAGAGAGACAAUUGUAUGUUUGUAUGUUAGUUCCUUGCCAUAGGGAAUUUAUGUAUGUGGCCCUCCCCCACUCAAACUCUGACCUGAAGGUCCCAGAUGUUGCCAAUCUCUAACUGCACACUUUAACCAAUUGAGCCACAUACAUACAUACUUACAUACAUACAUCCAUACAUACAUGCAUACAUACCGUAUUUCUUCGAAUAAUGGCUGCGGCCUCUAUUUUUAAGUCUCUACUUCACACCAUGACACGUUGGUACUUGAAUGUCACGUUUCUUCUGUUGACGUAAGUGGACACUUUCAAAGGUGCCAACUGCGGCAGUUUUAGAUGUAAUUGCCACAACUAUCAUAUCAUCUACAAUAAAUACUCGUUAGACGAGUGUGCUUGGAUGAGUGGCAUGCAUGUGAAGUUCACAAAUGCGAGGUGCGAAUUAUGGAUGCUGUACAACUACAGUAGAUACUAUGAUAAAUAGUGUGCUAGGAUGAGAUUGAUGUGGAAGCAUCAAAAGCAUGUAAUGUGGACGUGGCCAGUAACUUUGCUGUUGUUGCGGCCUCAAUUCAGGGCGGCCUGUAUUUUUAACAUGUCUGUUCAGCUGCUGCCUAUAUUCAAGGGUGGCCUCUAUUCGAAGAAAUACGGUACAUACAUACAUACAUACAUACGUACAUAAACACUCAUGCGUCCUAUGUGCGUAUCAUACAGAUACCCUUUUCAUUUACAGUUUAAUAUAACUUUAUUAUCGUAAUCACGUAACUUUACGAUGACGUCAGAAGUCCACAUUUAUGACAUUUUGACCCCCCUCCCCCUGCUGGCAAAGCAGCUUACAGGCUUGUCUAGCCAGUUGAUUUUUUGUUAAAUAUUAACUAGUUGUACGGUAUCCGUAGGCGCCUCGCAUUCGUGAGUAACAUGUUCAACGGAGUUUUGAGGAGGUCUACUGAAACGUCGAGUCCUAGCUAGACAAUACGUAUUUGUUGAAACCCUAGCUGUCAUGGAAGUAAACAUGCAAACUUUCUAGUAGUUUAGAUUACGUUUAUAGGCCUAAUAUGGGUAGUUGUUGUUUUGGGAUCGUGAUCAAGACAAUUGAAAUGUACAGUCUAGGUAUGCACUCAGUUCUGUUGUAACCACAGUGGUAUGGUAUUUACUGACAGAAAUUGAUAUCAGCAAACAUUGAGUAUCUACCAACAGUGUUAGAUGCAGGACAGUGUAGUAAAGGAUUGAUUGUAUGGGACGUGUGAAUAGUUGACUGUAGGUGGCAUUCAACUCCUGAAGGUGUUUCUUGGUUGUCAAGUACACAUAAUCCGUAGCUACAAUACAAAGGGAUGGGGCGACGGAACUUCAUGAAGCAUUUUCUUUGUUGUUUGGUCACUUGCACGAAUCGUUCUUAGACUCAUCUGUAGUCGGACAUGGAAACGAUUCUUAAGGUAAGUCCUAUCAUGAAAUGUGGUCGUGGGGAGGAGAAAUUUGAGAUUUGUGUGUACACACACAUAUAUAUAUACCAAAAGCUCAAUGGAGAGUCAUAGGACCACGCCCAUUUCUGUUGUGUGACCCGGAUUAGAAGCCUCGCUACGCUCGGCAAUCACCAAAAAGUCCACCUAGAAGACCCCACUGCAAAUUUCAAAAGCAGAGUUCACCAUUUUACAUUUACAAAGCGUUACUUGCAUCAACAUUAUAUGAAGAGUCUACUGAACCAGGUAUGACGUUUGGAACGUCAAAAUUAGAUCAAACAUUUGAAUCUGGAUUUUGAAAAUACACCCUCAUGUCUUGAUCAACUGGCUGUAGCAGAGUGGAGGAGAUCGACACAAAUUAUUUGAUUUCUUUGGUAUAGUCAGCAUACUGCAAAUGUGCAGCAAUUAAUUAGCAGACAUAUUCUAUUGUAUGUAUGAGCACUGUGCAUGACCAAUUGGCUUUGCUAUGUUGUGCAGACAUAAAGACACAGGCAGACGUUUAAUUAUACCCUGCCUGCUAGUUCAAGGAUUUGUAACUUCUGUGGUUUGGAUAGCUGACAUUUGGUUUGAUGCUAUGGGCGCAUUUGAUUUGCAGUUCCAGCACUGAGACUGAGUGUGUGCCACUAUACUGUUGGAACUGACAGAAGCAGAACUAAAUCAAUGAAAAAUCUGCUUUGUGAACUGGAACUGCUAACAGAAGCAAUGCCAAUGCCUACUACGGCUAUCAGCUACCGAACCGAUAAAGUCACCAAUCCAUUGACUACCAGAGUGACUUCAUCUAACCGCACCUCUUGCUGACCUUGUGAUCAUACCAGGAUCAAACAGCACAAUAGAGCACACGAAACUAUCACUAUUACUCUCUGCAAAAUAGUGCACCAUCACACUUCCGAAAUUGUCAGUUUCGUUAGUUCUAGCAGUUUCAGCUCUUUGGACAGAACUGACCAGUUCAAACCAUUUCAGAACUAAAUCAAACAUGAGUUCUAGCAUUACUAGAACUGCCGGAACUGCAAAUCAAACACACCAUAUAACAUCAAUUCUAGAACUGUUGAUAAUAUAUUAUGUAGCUACAUUUUUUUAAAUGGCUUUUGGUAAGAAUGUAUCAAAUAUAAUCUUGAGGAUGCAUGCACUUUGGAGAUGCAGAUUGUAGCAUACUCUUUUAUAAGACUAAUGCAUGGCAAUGGCUAGUAAAUUGUUUGAGCCAUGUAACUUCAGCUGUCAUUAUUAUUGAAAUGUAGAAGCUACAUGCAGAUUGUUUCUGUAGUAGGUUGGGAUAAAAUUUAACUUUGUAUUUCAAUUGCAUGCAGCUUUCAGAAGAUACAAUUUUAGAAGAGAUCGAGAAACUAUGUAAUCCACAGCAGGAGGCAGGCUACUGGAUAAGAGAGCUAGACAUACAAGAGGCGAAUGGACAGAUAAAAUUAGUGGGACAGAAUGGAAAGAAGGGAGAGUGUCGGAGAGAAUGCCAUACCCUUACUAAGGCAUGUGAAGAAAGCAUAAAUGUGGUCGACACAGACCUAGCAGAAGCUCUGUACAGGGGAAAGCUGACAUUGUCACAACUGACCAACCAAGUUUGUCAUGAGCAGACAGACGCUUGCAAGAAGGUGACAAAGCACACAGCAAGGAAGUUUGAUGAGGCAUUUGUGGAAAUAUCUAAUAAGGAUUUGGAACUGGAAAAACUUAUGGAUAAAAUGAGUGGUAUGCCUGGAAUGCCAGGAAUGGAAAUGUACUCUCGAAACGACAUGGAACGAAUGCAAGAGGAGUUUGGAAACAUGAACUCAGUUGAGGAUGAAGAUUUAACGACAACAGCUGACACUUGGUACAGCAUGUUGUGGCAAAGGUUAGUUAAUGGAGUGACAUGGUUUACAGAACUUUUCUAUAAUCCUCCGGUGUCUGCAUCUGGUGGCAGUGAAGAACUUUAAAUAAACUGACUUACAUUGUCAUAGCUCUUCCAUUGCACAUGUCAUUGUGACAUGUUACAUUAUUCAUCUAGAGACCAAAAUCUAAGAAAUAUCACAAAGGAAGUGUUCUUUGUCCUUUUUGUCA